GAAGACGCUUCCUGCUUCUUCCUGGUCAUGCUUAUCCGAAGUGUUAAUUCUGUUUAAAGUUGUAUAUAGUCGUCCGCCUUGGAUACUCGUUAACUACGGCUUACGUCACUUCAGUGCUUUUUUUAGACCCGAAAGUUAUCCGAUGUCAAAGGAGGGCCGCAGCGAUGGGCGGCGGCGCGGCGCUGCUGCAGCACACAGGUUCGGACAGCGGAUGGGCCCUGGAGGGGACGGACGAGAGAGAUCCGGGAGCAACAGCUCGGGCUCCUCGCACGGAGGGAAGAGCAGAAGCGCGCCUAUUAACAUCGGCCUCAAGGCCUCAUUCCAACGCUCCAACAGCCAUGACAAGGUGAGGAGGAUCGUGGCCGAGGAAGGGCGCGCUGCUCGUAACCUGAUCGCCUGGAGCGUGCCGCUGGAGAGCAAGGAGGAGGAAGGGAAGCCAAAGUCACAUGCUGCAAGCAAUCCAAGGGCACAGAGGAUUAACUCUGGACUUAACAGGAGCAAAAAACGGAAUGCAGGCCUGGAUGCCAAGCCUGUGGGUGGGGCCAUGUUGGACAAGGCUGCUGAGAAGAGCCCCACAAAGGCAAGGCCACCACGCAAGGUGGACCUGCGAGCACGCUACUGGGCUUUCCUCUUCGAUAACCUCCGCCGGGCUGUGGACGAGAUCUACGUCACGUGCGAGUGGGACCAGAGUGUGGUGGAGUGCAAGGAGGUGUUGAUGAUGUUGGACAACUAUGUGCGUGACUUUAAAGCCCUAAUCGACUGGAUCCAGCUACAGGAGAAGCUUGAGAAAACAGAUGCCCAAAACCGACCAACGUCAUUGGCUUGGGAAGUGCGUAAGAUGUCUCCAGGGCGUCAUGUUGUCCCUAGUCCCUCCACCGAGAGAAUCCUCUCCUCACCAAAUGCACGCAGGUCCCUCAAUUUUGGGGGUCCCCCUCCAACACUGGCAACAGCCCGCCUCCCCCUCACAGGACCCAGCUGGGCAGACCGGGUCAAGUCAUCCCAGACCCUAGCUGUACCCACCCACGGUGGUGCCGGUGUCGGCCCAUUGCCUGGCCCCGCAGAGAAGCCGGAAAAAGAUGCCGAGGGCUGGGAGACGGUGCAGAGGGGCCGACCUGCAAAACCCCGCUCGGCUGCCAUGGUGGCUAAAGUGAGCCCUGUACUGGCCAACGCCUGCCUUCGAGAUGACAGCAAUAUGGAAAACCGAUGCCGGGGGCACGCCCCUAGGAACGAGGACCCACGACCCAUAGGACAGGGCAAGGGGGCUGAUCUGCUGGAAGAAAGUGGGGAGAGCGAGAAGGCUCAGGAUAUUGAGCCACCGUGCAACAGCGAGCAGGACUCGGGGCAUUCUGUCAGCAUGCCCCCCGAAGACGCUCCGCCCCCAGCCCCCGUCCCCAGCAUGGAUGUGGGAGAUGUGGGGGGGGCGGAAGCGACAUUGCCGGCCUCCGUGGCAUCUGCUCCAGGACAGGCUCCCGGUGCAGCGGUGAAACUGGAGAGCAUGCUGGACCCCACACAGCUUUCCACUUCGCAGUCCAUGGCUGAGGUGCCCAUGGCCGAGGUGUUAGCCAAAAAGGAGGAGCUGGCGGACCGCUUGGAGAAGGCCAAUGAGGAAGCCAUUGCCAGUGCUAUUGCAGAAGAGGAGCAGUUGACUCGCGAGAUCCAGGCGGAGAACAAUGACCUGGAGGCCGACAACGAGAGCGACUUCUCAACUAGUAUCAGCAGUGGUACCUAUGGUCUUAACAUGGAUUGGACUGAAGUGCUUGCUGAUUAUGAAGCUCGUGAACCCUGGCGCCAGAGCACCUCAUGGGGGGACAUAGUGGAGGAGGAGCCAGCCCGGCCCCCUGGCCAUGGUAUUCACAUGCAUGAGAAGCUGUCCUCUCCAUCACGCAAAAGGACCAUUGCUGAAUCCAAAAGGAAGCAUGAGGAGAAGCAGCUCAAGGCUCAACAGCUGAGGGAGAAGCUGCGUGAGGAGAAGAGCCAUAAGCUGCAGAAGCUGCUGGAGAGGGAAAAGGAGGUGCGUAAGUGGAAGGAGGAACUCCUUGAUCAGAGGCGUAAGAUGAUGGAGGAGAAGUUGCUGCAUGCAGAAUUCAAACGAGAGUUGCAGCUUCAAGCCAUUGUGAAGAAAGCGCAAGAGGAAGAGGCAAAGGUGAAUGAGAUUGCCUUCAUAAACACUCUGGAGGCGCAGAAUAAGAGGCAUGAUGUGUUGGCCAAGCUGAACGAGUAUGAGCAGCGCCUCAACGAGCUGCAGGAGGAGCGACAAAGGAGGCAAGAGGAGAAGCAAGCUCGAGACGAGGCAGUGCAGGAGCGCAAACGGGCCCUGGAGGCAGAGCGGCAGGCACGGGUUGAGGAGCUUCUCAUGAGGAGGCGUGAGCAGGAAGCACGUAUUGAGCAGCAGCGGCAGGAGAAAGAGCGUGCGAGGGAGGAUGCGGCACGGGAGCGGGCCAGAGACCGGGAAGAGCGGCUAGCUGCUCUGAGUGCUGCCCAGCAAGAGGCCAUGGAAGAACUGCAGAAGAAGAUCCAGAUGAAGCACGAUGAGAGCAGCCGCAGGCACAUGGAGCAGAUGGAGCAGAGAAAAGAGAAAGCGGCUGAGCUGAGCAGCGGCCGCCAUGCCAACACAGACUAUGCCCCCAAGCUGACACCCUAUGAGCGGAAAAAGCACUGCUCUCUCUGUAACGUCACGAUCACUUCUGAGGUUCACCUUUUCAGCCACAUCAAGGGCAAGAAGCAUCAGCAGGCUGUGCGAGAAAGCAGCAGUAUCCAGGGCCGCGAGUUGUCUGAUGAGGAAGUGGAACACCUGUCCCUAAAGAAGUACAUCGUGGAUAUUGUGACAGACAGCUCCAUUACUGUGGAGACCACCAAAGAUGGGGAGGAGAAGCAGAAGGCGAGGAGGAAGGCGAAGAAGCUCCGUGCCCGGAUGAACUCCAGGGCUAAGGAGUAUGAGAUCUCUUUGGAAGCCAAGACGCAAAUCCCUGAGUCCCCAUACAAGGCCAAGCUGCAACGUUUGGUGAAGGACCUAAUGAAGCAACUCCAAGGGCAGGACAGUGGGCAGUGGGGCAACAACCGGGUGUCUAGCCUGGACAGAACACUAGGGGAGGUUUCCCGCAUCCUAGAGAAACAGAACAAUACAGAUCAGGUGGUGUUUCAGGUUGGAGGGGGACUCUCAGCCCUGGAACAGAUUCUGCAGGUAGCAGCGGUGGCCUCCUCUCCCACUUCUGUCUUACGCUUCCCAUUGAAAUCCCUGUGUGCUGCUGUAAAUACCUACUACCUGGCGUGUUCUAACUGCUAUGCAAACUGCAUCUACAUCCUCUUCAGCAACAAGAUCACCUUCCUGAUGGAUGUCUUGUUACAUCAGCUUACACUGUACAUCCCAGAUGAGGACAAGUCUGUAUUUGGGCGCAGUUUGAACAAGCAGGUGUUUGAGGGGCUGACCACUGGGCUGCUCCAAACCAGUGCUGCGGUGCUCAAGUGCCUGCUCUCCCACCCUGCUGAAGAGGCCCUCAAAGCCCCCAGGCCAUCCGUUCCGGUUUCCAACAACCAGCUCCUUGCCGGGGAACCCUUUAACAGUCGUGUGCAGGACCUCAUCAGCUAUGUAGUAAACAUGGGAUUGAUUGACAAGCUAUACAGCUGCUUCCUUUCGGUCCAAGGCUCUGGGGAUGAGAACCUCAGGAUGACCAACUUCCUACACCAGGCAACAGAGCUGCUACACGCCAUGUGCAGACUGUGCUACGUGGUGACCGGCCGCUCACCUGGAGUUUUUGACAAGCGGCAGGACCCCACGGGGCUCACAUCUGUGCUCCGGACCACUGACCUGGUGGGCGUCCUUCACAUGCUGUAUUGUGUGCUGCUUCAUGGCUCACCCCCCGAACCUGCCCCCACCGGACCCCCAGAGGUGUACACUACGGGUGUUAUCCUUGUGGCUCUGCAGAGCGUCCGCUUCCUCAACAGCUUUGCCCUGCUGGAUCUGCCUGCCUUCCAGUCUGUCCUAGGUGCUGAGGGCCUGUCCCUGGCCUUCCGCCACAUCAUCAGCUCCCUGCUGUGGUACUGCUCCCAGAACCAAAAUGAGGAACUGCUGCAUGAGGUCAUCAUCUGUGUGGGCUACUUCACCGUCAACCACCCAGACAAUCAGGUGAUUGUGCAGUCUGGCCGGCAGCCCAGCGUACUGCAGAAACUGUGUCAACUACCCUUCCAGUACUUCAGCGAUCCGCGCCUCAUCAAAGUGCUCUUCCCCACCCUGAUCUCGGCCUGUUACAACAAUCCACAGAACAAGGUCAUCCUUCAGCAGGAAAUGAGCUGUGUGCUGCUGGCCACCUUUAUACAGGAUUGCGCACAGAAUUCAUUUCAGACCACAGCCAGGACAUCCCAGGAAAGAGAAAAAGACUCUGUGUGUGACGAUGUUCUCGAGCUGCCAAACCGUUUCCCUCGAGGACAAUGGGAAGAGGCACUUCAGUUUUUCCUCAAGAAGCAGGAUGACUGACUGCUGAAUAGACCAAUGGAAUUGGAGUGAAAAGGGAAUGGCUAAUUAUUACACUAAAUAGGUUUAUCGACUUUUAAUUUAAUGAGCAUUUUUCUUUUCAGAAGAAUUUGAAGCUGAAAUAGAAGUCGCCAAAAUUUUUGCCACUUACAUAAUGCUUUUUCUUAUUGCUUCUUUUUCUUAAAAAAAUAAUAUUUCAAGUGAGUAUAAAAUGUUUGUGAAAAGGUUAAGAAAUGGACAUUUACUGAAUGAUAAUCACGGACACAAAAAGCUCUCUUAAAACACAUUUACCAGCUGAGAAGUGACUUUAAGUGUAUUGUAGCUCUUUGAUAACAAUAACAAAUAUUGUUCUGAUAACUGUGACCAUUGUCUUGUUUAUAGUUUCUAUAUAACUGUUUUGUACCAAUUUAUUUAAUUUGCACUCUUUGUUUGAUUCAUAUGUAUAUUCUUUCAUUAGUUUGAGCCAUGUUUCCCAGUGGUAUAUUUAUUUUUGGUUAAAAUACCUUGGUUUAUGAAA